AUGAUUCUCAGGAGACAAUGGAUUAGAACUUUCAAUCAGAUUCGCCGUUACAGCGAAGCAAUUCCAAAUUGUAAGGUGCAGUGGUACUAUGCUACUGAUGUACCCAACAAGAAACCAUUUGAACCUGAAUAUUCCAGAGGUGAAAAAGAACCCAAAAAAUUCUUAGCAUUCUCGCAAACGGAUUCUAGACGACUAGAACGAUUUUACCAGUUGUUCAAAUCGAAGGAUGAAGCCGAAUCAUCUGCUUUCAAAGCCAUUCCAGUGAAUGAGGAUUAUUUGUUCGAGGUCGAUUUAUCGAACAAAGAGUUGCGUCCUACAUAUUGGGAAGGGCCCGUUUACGAAGUGCGGCGCGGCCUUUGGUUCAAUUCUGAUGGUUUGCCUCUCCAGGAUAGCUUAACUAAAGAGGUGGAAAAUUUGUAUCAAAAGGUACAUCGACACAAGCAAGAGCUUCAAGCGUCAAGUCAGCUCACGAAAAACAACGGGAAGGAACCUGAUCAAGAUCCUCAUCGUGAUCUGUUCAAGCUCAGCGGCAACAAGAACCUCGGGAAAUACGUAUUUUUUUCGGACGAUAAAACCGCUUUUAUCCUGCCGGCGCUUUACGGGGGAAGUCUGCAGCUUAACUGGCUCCGAAGCAAUGUGACACAAGCGGUAAGAUUCGGGAUCACCAAAUUAACGCGUGGGGUUGAUGCCGAUACUAAUAUUUUAGAUGCUGCAAAAGAAAGCGUCGAGAAGGAAGUGGAGGAGACAAGUAAAGGACUGGGGAAACUGACGGAUAUGAUCAAUUGGGAAAUGUUCGGGUUUAUGAGUGGUUUGAAUCCUCUUGUUGGCUCCUCCAAGCGGCCGCGAACUGAGCGCGACGCAGACAAAGCCAUGGAGAAGGAAAUAGAAACGGAUUAUAAUGGCGGCGAGAGUACGAAACGAAACUCUACAUCCAAUCAUCGGGACGUGGAUCAUCUCGUGUUUUGUGUUCACGGAAUUGGCCAAAACUUAGGCAAGAAAUACCAGUAUGUCAAUUUUGCGCACACUGUCAAUCUACUUCGUCAAAAUAUGAAGAAGGCCUAUGAGAAUAGCGACAAAUUGAAGGAGUUGAACAAGGCAAAUGGUCAAGAAGAUUGGAGCGCUAAUUGUCGAGCGCAGGUGAUCCCAAUUACCUGGCGACACCGGAUAGGCUUCAAGACUGACGACUACGAUAUAAACACCGAAGAUGUGACAUUACCAACUUUGAACGAUAUAACACCUGAUGGUGUGAAGUCGCUGCGAAAGGUCUUGGGAGAUGUAGUUUUGGACGUUCUACUCUAUGGAGAGCGUCAGUACAAGCAUCGAAUUUUGACCGCGGUGACAAGCCAACUGAAUCAUCUCUAUAACCUUUACUGUUCGCGAAACCCCGGUUUUAACGGGAAAGUUCACAUCGUUGGUCACUCAUUGGGCAGUUUGAUUCUGUUUGACAUUUUAGCAAACCAGAAACAAUAUGCUCUAGACUUCGAUGUGCACAAUUUUUUCACGAUUGGUUCACCAGUCGGAGUUUUCAAGUUAAUACAAAAGUCGAGGCUUCGGGGUUCAUUAGAUGAAAGUAGCGCCAAAUAUCAAUCUCCCAAAUGUCAGAAUUUCUACAAUGUCUUUCAUGUCUGUGACCCAAUUGCUUAUCGAGUGGAACCCCUGGUGGAUCGUUCCCUCGCCAGUAUACAGCCGGCUUAUAUGCCUCAUUGGACAAGCAACGAUAUCACAUCUAAAGUUUAUGAGCUCGGAACUUCUCUAAUUAGUUCUGACCCCCAGAAGGAUCAAAAACUUUCCACAGUGCUAACUGCAAGACAGCUAGCGCUGCUGACAGAUAUUAAUGCUUCUGGUCGCAUUGACUAUUCAUUUUUACCAAAUUUCUUGGAGGUCGAUCUAAUAUCUGCAAUUCGUGCGCACGUUAGCUAUUUUGAAGAAAUGGAUAUGGCAGCAUUUCUACUGCGAGAAUUGCUCUCCAAGCGACCAAGAGUCACAAAUCAAGUUCGGGCUCGAAAGAAAACUGAGCCAGACGCUCAUGAAUAA